AUGACCUCAAACACCGACCACAUCUUCAUGAGUAUGCCUUCGAAGUCGAUGGACACGUGGAUACAAAAUUGCCCAUUUGCCUAUGAAGCUUGGGAGAAUGGCUUCAAUAGAGGCGUCGACGCGGGCCUAGGUCUGUCAAAGGAGUUCUCUCUCGGCGCACAUGAUCCUAAGCGACUGGCUGAAGCCGGUACGACGGGCAUCAGUGCUGAGCCGUCAUUCUGGCAUCCCCUGGGCUAUGCCUCCAAAGCCGUAUUCGUUCUGAGCUUUGCUCCAAUCGCAUACACAGUCAGCAAGACCAUCUACAACGUAGCCAGCAAGUACUUCGCCUACCAGAAGGCACUAGCAGAGCUGCGUGCGACCAAGGAGUUACUCGGACCACACGCUCAAGAUAAUUCGAACGAGAUGACCGAAAACCAGCAGGGCAUUGACCAGGAGAGGAAGAGCCAGAGUCGCGUUGAUCAAGCUGUCGGAGCCGAGUACAUGGCUGAGGGCAAUGAUCACCCGUUCGAUUACGUUUCCCUCGUUAAGUCAGAGUCUAAGGUGGAGGCUAUGGGUUAA